UGCCGGCAGGGGGCGCUGCGGGCGGAGGCCGCGCUGAGCGCCCCGGCCCAGGCUCCGCGUGCAGCCGCGCGGGCCGCGCCGCCGCCGCGAUGGUGAAGGAGCAGUUCAGGGAGACCGAUGUGGCCAAGAAAAUAAGCCACAUCUGUUUUGGCAUGAAAUCUCCAGAAGAGAUGCGUCAGCAAGCUCACAUUCAAGUGGUCAGCAAGAAUUUGUAUAGUCAAGACAACCAUCACUCUCCGCUGCAGUAUGGAGUGCUGGACCAUCGCAUGGGAACCAGUGAAAAAGACCGUCCCUGUGAAACCUGUGGGAAAAGUCUGGCUGACUGUUUAGGGCAUUAUGGGUACAUUGACUUAGAACUGCCAUGCUUUCACGUUGGGUACUUCAAAGCUGUGAUAGGCAUCUUACAGAUGAUCUGCAAAACCUGUUGCCGCAUCAUGCUGUCAGUGGAAGAAAAAAAGCAGUUUUUAGAUUACCUAAAACGACCUGGCCUUACAUACCUUCAGAAGAGAGGGCUAAAAAAGAAAGUGUCUGAGAAGUGCCGAAAGAAAAACACUUGUCCUUACUGUGGGGCCUUUAAUGGAACUGUGAAGAAGUGUGGUUUGUUGAAGAUAAUACAUGAAAAGUACAAGACAAAUAAGAAAGUCGUAGAUCCAAUAGUAUCUACUUUUCUCCAGUCCUUUGAAACUGCCAUUGAAUAUAACAAAGAAGUAGAACCCUUACUGGGAAGAGCUCAGGAAAACCUGAAUCCUUUGGUAGUAUUGAACCUCUUUAAAAGAAUCCCAGUGGAAGACAUCCCUCUACUUCUAAUGAACCCACAAGCAGGUAAACCUUCGGAUUUGAUUCUCACGCGACUCCUGGUGCCUCCACUGUGUAUCAGACCCUCUGUUGUGAGCGAUUUGAAGUCUGGCACCAAUGAGGAUGAUUUGACAAUGAAACUGACAGAGAUCAUUUUCCUCAAUGAUGUGAUAAAAAAGCAUAGGAUAUCAGGAGCCAAAACACAGAUGAUUAUGGAAGACUGGGAUUUUCUUCAACUGCAGUGUGCCCUGUACAUUAAUAGUGAGCUCUCUGGCAUACCCCUCAACAUGGCGCCUAAAAAAUGGACCAGAGGUUUUGUUCAGAGACUUAAGGGAAAGCAAGGUCGGUUUAGAGGCAAUCUGUCUGGAAAGAGAGUGGAUUUUUCUGGUAGAACAGUCAUUUCACCUGAUCCUAAUUUGAGAAUAGAUGAGGUAGCAGUGCCUAUUCAUGUUGCUAAAAUAUUGACCUUUCCUGAAAAGGUGAACAAAGCAAAUAUUAAUUUUAUGAGGAAACUUGUCUGUAAUGGUCCUGAUGUUCAUCCUGGAGCCAAUUUCAUACAGCAAAGGCACACUCAAAUGAAAAGAUUUUUGAAAUACGGGAACCGAGAGAAGAUGGCCCAGGAGCUGAAGUUCGGUGACAUUGUGGAGCGACAUCUGAUAGAUGGUGACAUUGUCCUGUUCAACCGGCAGCCCUCUCUGCACAAGCUGAGCAUCAUGGCUCACAUUGCUAGAGUAAAACCACAUAGGACAUUCAGGUUCAAUGAAUGUGUCUGUACACCAUACAAUGCAGACUUUGAUGGCGAUGAGAUGAACCUUCACCUUCCUCAGACAGAAGAAGCAAAAGCAGAAGCACUUGUUUUAAUGGGGACUAAAGCAAACUUGGUAACACCUAGAAAUGGAGAGCCUCUUAUUGCUGCUAUUCAAGAUUUCCUCACAGGUGCUUAUCUUCUUACAUUGAAAGAUACCUUUUUUGAUCGAGCCAAAGCCUGUCAAAUUAUUGCAUCUAUCCUGGUUGGCAAGGAUGAGAAGAUCAAAGUUCGUCUUCCACCCCCAGCAAUUCUGAAGCCUGUAACACUCUGGACAGGAAAACAGGUUUUCAGCCUCAUUCUCAAACCCAGUGAUGAUUGUCCUGUAAAAGCCAACCUACGAACAAAGGGCAAACAGUAUUGUGGCAAAGGGGAGGACCUGUGCUACAAUGAUUCUUAUGUCACAAUUCAAAACAGUGAGUUAAUGAGUGGCAGUAUGGACAAAGGAACACUGGGGUCAGGAUCCAAGAACAACAUCUUCUACAUCUUGCUGAGAGACUGGGGCCAGGUAGAAGCUGCAGAUGCCAUGUCCCGUCUGGCCAGACUUGCUCCAGUCUAUCUUUCUAAUCGUGGCUUUUCAAUUGGAAUUGGUGAUGUAACCCCUGGACAGGGCCUGCUAAAAGCUAAGUAUGAGCUCCUGAAUGCUGGCUAUAAGAAAUGUGACGAGUAUAUUGAAGCUCUGAACACUGGCAAGCUACAGCAGCAGCCUGGUUGUACUGCGGAAGAGACAUUAGAGGCUUUAAUCCUUAAAGAACUGUCUGUUAUCAGAGAUCAUGCUGGCAGUGCCUGUCUCAGAGAACUGGACAAGAGCAACAGUCCCCUGAUCAUGGCUCUCUGUGGUUCUAAAGGCUCCUUCAUUAACAUAUCCCAGAUGAUUGCUUGUGUAGGGCAGCAGGCGAUCAGUGGGUCCCGUGUUCCUGACGGGUUUGAGAACAGGUCCUUGCCUCACUUUGAGAAGCAUUCUAAGCUCCCUGCAGCAAAAGGCUUUGUUGCGAACAGCUUCUAUUCUGGGUUGACUCCCACUGAAUUUUUUUUCCACACAAUGGCUGGUCGAGAAGGUCUGGUUGAUACAGCUGUAAAAACAGCUGAAACUGGGUAUAUGCAGAGACGUCUGGUAAAAUCCCUUGAAGAUCUUUGCUCACAGUAUGAUUUAACAGUCAGAAGUUCUACUGGUGACAUUAUACAGUUUAUUUAUGGAGGAGAUGGCUUGGAUCCUGCGGCUAUGGAAGGGAAGGAUGAACCGCUGGAAUUCAAGAGAGUUCUAGACAAUAUAAGGGCUGUCUAUCCGUGCCGGAGUGAACCAGCCCUUAGCAAAAAUGAAUUGGUGUUAACGUCCGAGUCCAUCAUGAAGAAGAAUGAAUUUCUUUGCUGCCAAGACAGUUUUCUGCAGACAUUAACUGAGACAGGUUAUGAAAAAUAUAAUGAGGAAAUUAAAAAAUUCAUCAAGGGUGUUUCUGAGAAGAUAAAAAAAACUAGGGACAAGUAUGGAAUUAAUGACAACGGCACAACAGAGCCAAGAGUUUUGUAUCAGUUGGAUAGGAUUACUCCAACACAACUAGAGAAGUUUCUAGAGACUUGUAGAGACAAGUACAUGAGGGCACAGAUGGAGCCUGGUUCUGCAGUAGGAGCUCUUUGUGCACAGAGCAUUGGUGAGCCUGGCACACAGAUGACUCUGAAAACUUUCCAUUUUGCUGGUGUUGCUUCAAUGAACAUUACUUUGGGUGUGCCAAGAAUCAAAGAAAUCAUUAAUGCUUCAAAGGCUAUUAGCACCCCUAUUAUAACCGCACAGUUGGACAAAGAUGAUGAUCCUGAUUUUGCCCGUCUGGUUAAAGGAAGAAUUGAGAAAACUUUGUUAGGGGAGAUUUCUGAAUAUAUUGAGGAAGUGUUUCUUCCAGAUGACUGUUUCAUCCUAGUGAAGCUGUCUUUAGAGCGCAUUAGACUUCUGAGAUUAGAGGUGAAUGCCGAGACUGUGCGCUACUCGAUUUGUGUCUCUAAACUCAGAGUGAAGCCUGGGGAUGUUGCUGUCCAUGGAGAAGCAGUUGUCUGUGUGACCCCUCGUGAAAAUAGCAAGAGUUCCAUGUAUUAUGUAUUGCAGUCCCUCAAGGAAGAGCUACCAAAGGUUGUAGUGCAAGGCAUACCAGAGGUUUCCCGAGCUGUCAUUCAUGUUGAUGAACAAAGUGGAAAGGAAAAAUACAAACUUCUGGUUGAAGGUGAUAAUCUACGAGCUGUUAUGGCUACUCAUGGAGUGAAAGGAACAAAAACAUCCUCUAACAACACUUAUGAGGUAGAGAAAACUUUGGGAAUUGAAGCUGCUCGGACAACCAUUAUCAACGAGAUUCAAUACACGAUGGUGAACCAUGGCAUGAGCAUUGACAGGAGACACGUCAUGUUAUUGUCUGAUCUAAUGACUUACAAGGGUGAAGUUCUGGGCAUUACCAGGUUUGGACUGGCAAAAAUGAAGGAAAGUGUGUUGAUGCUGGCUUCUUUUGAAAAGACUGCAGACCAUCUCUUUGAUGCUGCCUACUUUGGACAGAAGGAUUCUGUUUGUGGUGUUUCUGAGUGCAUCAUCAUGGGAAUUCCAAUGAAUAUUGGAACAGGUCUCUUUAAACUGUUACACAAAGCGGACAAAGAAUCAACCCCUCCCAGGCGGCCUCUGAUAUUUGAUCAUAAUGAAUUUCAUAUUCCCAUUGUUACAUAGCACUUGGACAUAAAACAAG